AUGUCUUCCUGGCAACCGGAUAGCCCUGUGGAGCGUCCAGAUGGCUCGCUCGUUUGCAAAGCUCACGGACUCGUCGUUUGCGGCGUUUGCACCGUCGAUUACAGCUUCAUGCUAGAGAAUCUCAACAACAGCCCGUUCUACGAUGUUGUCCCUAGACCUACAAGGGAACAAACUCUCAAUCCCGUCCCUGGCGUAUUUCCCACGAGAUUUCGGCCAUCUGCGCCGACAGACAUACCGUCGUCCUUGUUCACGUAUGGCAAUAUCUUCGACCACCAUCGUUUCGUCCGCCGUACCGACAGCAAAGAAAUCCUGAUCUUCACUGAUGGAGCUUGUCUUGACAACGGCAAGGAGAACCCCAGAGCUGGAUGUGGGUUUGUCUUCCGACCCCAAACUACAAAUCAGCCCGUCAAAGGUGGUAGCUUCGAAUUCCGCCUUGAAUCCCGUGGACCGAGCGGAGAUGCUCUACCUCAAACUAGCAAUCGUGCUGAGUUACGAGCUGUGAUCGCUGCUCUUCAGUACAGAGCCUGGGAUGGAGAAGGAUGGAAUCGCAUUGUUAUUGCCACAGACUCGGAAUAUACAGUCAAGGGUGCUACGGAGUGGAUCAAAAACUGGCAGAGCAAUGGAUGGCGGACGUCGAAUAGAGAGCCGGUUAAGAACAAGGAUUCGUGGGAGUUGUUGUUGAAGGAGGUGAGAUUUCUGAAGGAGAAAGGAGUAGAGGUGGUCUUCUGGUGGAUUCCUAGAGAGCUGAAUGGAGAAGCUGAUGCUGCCGCGAAAAGGGGGGCUCAGGAGGGAGAGCAGCAGCAGUUCGUCAGAUACUGCGGUGUUUACACGGGCAUUGGUGGUGAGAUGAUGUCUCUCAUGAUGCCUCUCCCAAGCUAG